AUGGCCCAUACUUACUACCCCUCCGGGGACGAGGUUGGUCCCGAUCAGCAAUCCAGACAUGAGGCUCAUUCAAUAUCACCCUCAACUGGACCCGAUGGCCAACAGGAGAUGAUGGAGAGAGGCGCGAGUUCCGUGAGUCCUGCUCUAGAGAUCGACGGCAGAAGUCGGAACUCUACCAGGCGCCGUAUCCAAGUUGCAUGCAAUCGAUGUCGCAAAAGGAAGAUCAAAUGCAGCGGGGAUAUUGGUGAUGGACAGGGAUGUUCGAACUGCCGGGCCUCUGGCAAUAGGAAUUGCCAGUUCUUAAGGGUCAAUUCGUCAAUGCUCCAGACGAAAGAUUCCGGGUGGCCGUAUCAUGCAGCAAAUGCUACGGUUUCUUCCUCCUCAAUGCCAAGGGUGUAUGCGCAUGUAGCCCAAAGGUCUGGACUUGUAUCAACAAACUCCCUCGGUGUGCGGCUUGGGUCCUUCUCGCGGCCUUCUGGUUACGAUCAAGGUACCGUCAACCUUCAGCAUCCACCUAGUCAACAGACUUUCGGUCUUGAUCACACGGCCAACUACGAGAACGAGCCGACUGCAUACAAUCCUCCGUCAUCAUACAUGUUCUCCAGUUCGCACCAAGGUAUCCUGCCUGACUAUUGUGGCCUUGCAUGGAACACCAAGGCAUGGAAUUCUAACGUCCAGGCCCACAACGCCCAGAGCGGAGCAGCAUUUCCUACCCAAGAUACAGAGAAUACCUUUACUUCAUCCUCAUAUCCCUUCUUGUUCUCAGGCCCAGGAACUCAGUCAACUGACGUUCCAAUGACAUGCACGCCGUCAGAUGGACAAGGCGCUGAUCGGACAUUACCAAAAGCAUCCAGCCGCAGCCAGCUCCCGAUGGGUAUGUCUUCUCCAAGCGCGACUCCUGAAGCCAUGUCAGGACUGCUGUUAUCCCCGGAAUAUAGAUAUGGACAUCAUCUAGCGACAAGAACCUCCAUCUCGGGUAGUGGCCUUCCGAGCAUGCAGCUUGGCUCGAACGGGAACUUUGGUGGUAACUCCCUGAACCAGACAAGGAAGGCGAGUCAGUCAAGUGCACCGGACAUAAUGUUCGAUUAUCUGCCAAUAACAUCGGUCGGAACGCCCUCACACCUUGGCUAUUCUGCUGGUACAGCGCUCAAUACGUUUGAGACACUUGAUUCAAAUGAUGACUUUCGAGCAAGCGCAGUUGGCCGAUCAACAAGAUCAUUUUCUCGGGACAGCGGACGUUUCAUGUCUCUGAUGGGCUGUGGCUCCCAUAUCUACGGAUAUAGCAGCAGUGAAAAGAGCAAGAACCGGUCUGAGACGGGCGAUACAGGAUCCACAGCCUCCCUGAUGAACGGGCUUCCAUACACACGCCCGAGGCAUGCGGAUACUCAUAGCACCAUACCAUUUGAUCUCCUCGCAACCGAGAUCUUACCCGAAUAUCGAGCGUCGACCGAGCUACGCCAAACAUCCGUCUCAGCUCUGAGUAACCCGGGUGGCUUCUGA